UGUAAGUGCAGAUAUGGAACCGAGGCGGUGACGCUACUCCAAGGCGUACAGACAUGAUAGGUGAUUGAGAAAAGUGAUUGAUCAUUUUCCCAAAUUAUCAUGAACAGGGAGCACAUAGUAUGAGGCCUCACGUCUCAUUGUAUUAUGAAUACACACAGCAAUUGGGCAGCCAUGGACUGUCUACUUGGUCCUGUGCCUGGGAUCGCGGGUCUUGGCGCAUCUAUACUGCGACAUCGUGGCUUGCCACGGCCAAACCCGAACCAGUCGAUCGCCUGCUUCAUGUUGACAGGCAUGCAAUGUCUGAACGCGGCGAUAGGGAAUGUCUUGGUUUGGAAGUUGGUGGUGACAAUGAUGAAAAACCUGACGCGGGAUGUCGAAGCACGGUGGACCGAAUCGGGGCUCAGCCUUAGGCGUUGUCACGGUGGCCGCAUUGGGGGCGACCUAGUUCGAUGCCCACAGCCUCGUUCCAGAAGGGCGCGGAAGGGAAGGGAGAGUCGAAAAAAACCCAAAGAAAAAGUAUCCUAGGUAGAUUUAGGCAGUGUACAGGUCAUCAUCGGCCAUCUCCGCCUGCCGUCAAGGUGAUGUUGAUAUUCAACGGCAGUUCCCAUGUU